CUUCAGUCUUUCCUUUCGUUUUCCUAAAAAAUUAAAAAAAAAUCACGCUGACUGUUCAAAUUAAAUUAAACAAGAUGGGCUGGCGUGUCUCAACGCACUCAGAAAAGUCCACCACAGCCGAUCUUUUCGAGGGCCCGACUCCUCGCCAUUCCCUGCUGUCCGGAAGGUACAAACAGAGUUUCGCCUAUUUGACGCUAAGGACUCGGAUGCCGGGAAUUAUGCAGCAGAUUAUUAUGAGGCUCCUCUCCGAUGUACCGGAUCUGGUGAACAAAUAUGGCGAGGAAGUGCGCAAGGAUGUCAAGCAAAUAGUGGAUGCCAUUGAACGCCUCAAGAUGGAACUGAACCGGGAUCGGCAGUUUUUGCUGUUUCACGGUGCUGAGCCGGACAAAGUUGAGUGGAACGCCUUCAUAACUGAGAUGCCACGUCCCAAAAAGUCCUUUUUCCGCGCCUGUUGGCUGCAUGCCGAAUGCUACUUGUACAGGCGAAUCUUUUCCUUCUUCGAAAACAGCCGCCACCUGCACAAGUACGACUGCUUCGAUCACCUGAAAAAGGAGGAUCUGAUGCUCAGCGAGGUGGCCAUGGGAGCGUUGGCUAGAGCCACGCGAGGAUUGCCCAAGAGCUUCGAGGUGUUCAGCAAGCUUUUGCGGAUUGACCUGUGGGGAACCCACUUCGAACUGCAAAUUGGCAACUUUAAUUUCGCGGAGGAAGAUAGCAAGAACGAUAUAGAUGUCCUGGUUAAGGUGGCCGACAUCGAUAGAAUUCUUCUCGUGGAUGACUCCACUCUUAUUUGGAAUUGUUUGAUGAAGGCGAGCAAGACCAGCGGGAAUCGCAUUGUGGACUUUAUCUGCGACAACGGAGGCUUCGAGUUCUUUACGGAUAUGCUGUUACUGGAAUAUAUGGUGGAUAAUAACCUGGCCACCCAAGUGCGUCUGCAUGUCAAGGCCAUUCCGUGGUAUAUAUCCGAUGUUACGCGGGCUGAUAUCGAUUGGACAAUAGAUUUUCUGACUGGCCACCAGGAUGAGACCCUUUCUGCGGUGGGCAAGAAGUGGGCCCACUUGAUGAAAUUCGAGAAAAUCGUUAUAGCUCCUACCUCCCACUUCUGGACUGGACCACAACCCUACUUCGUUAUGGUGGAAUCGGAUAUCGAGCUUUAUCGUUUGCUCACCACCUCCAAGUUGGCCAUUUUCAAGGGGGAUCUGAACUACCGAAAGUUGCUGGGUGACUAUAUAUGGGAUUCGGCAGAGGAGUUUAUCACUUGCCUGCGGGGCUUUAGACCCACCAAUAUAUGUGCUUUGCGGACUGUCAAAUGCGAGGUGGUUUGCGGACUGCCGGAGGGAAUGGCGGAUACGCUCUUGAGGAACGAUCACAACUGGAUGAUAUCGGGCAACUAUGGCGUUAUCCAGUACACCGAUUCACUGAAAUGUUCCUGCGCCUUGCCAGGCCAAGACAACGAUGAAAAAGACAACCGUAUGCUGGGGUUGGUGGUGCCUCACUCUCAGAGGUCGACCUUAAUUCCCAAUCACCAAUAAAUGAGUGCGAAUUUGUCAGUUGAAAAUCGAAUGGCCCCGUUACUCCCACUCGGAAUCAGGUUGGCUGCAAGUGCUCCUCUUCCAAAACAAAGCCCGAGGUAUUGUUUGGGCCCGGCUCUAACAGCGACUCUCUUUUCGGCCAAUUGCCGGUUGACUAAUGCUGUUGUUUUUAUUGAUGGCGCGCACAUGCGCACCCAUUUGUCCUGGCGACUACCAAUCUGGAAAUGGAAAGUUGCCACACCGCCACAUGUUGCCAAAGGCGUGAAUUUACGGCAGCAAAAAAAUAUGAAAAUUAAAUAUGUGCUGAUUAAAUUGAUUGUCUCCCGGAAUCAAAUUUGUCACA